AUGAGACUUAUCAUCCGUCAUGAUGCACAGACCGCAUCUGAAUAUGUUGCGACUUACAUCAUUGACAGAAUCAACACCAGUUCAUCCUCUCUAGCUCGACCCUUUGUUCUUGGAUUGCCAACUGGAGGCAGCCCACUUGGCAUCUACAGGAUAUUGGUUGAAGCAUACCAGGCAAAGCGCGUCUCGUUCAAGAAUGUCGUGACAUUCAACAUGGACGAGUACGUCGGCUUGCCUAAAAAUCAUCCAGAGUCGUACCACUCAUUCAUGUUCAAGAAUCUUUUCUCUCAAGUCGACAUCCUACCAUCAAACAUCAACAUACUAAACGGCAACGCACCUGACUUGAGUAUUGAAUGCGCACAAUACGAAGAAAAGAUCAAGUCUGUCGGAGGCAUCGACCUGUUCUUGGGCGGAGUAGGUAACGAUGGGCAUAUUGCGUUCAAUGAGCCUGGAUCAAGUCUUGCAAGCCGAACAAGAGUCAAGACCCUAGCUUAUGACACCAUCCAAGCAAACGCGCGGUUCUUUGAUGGCGACUUGAGACAGGUGCCGCAAAUGGCGCUGACGGUGGGAAUUCAGACCAUUCUAGACGCGAGAGAAGUAGUUGUCAUCGCGCUGGGAGCCUCCAAGGCGCUGGCUGUCAAGAGAGGGAUCGAAGAUGGGGUUAACCACUGUUGCACGCUGUCGUGUCUACAGAUGCAUCCAAGGAGUAUGGUCGUGAUGGAUGAUGAUGCAACGCUCGAAAUGAAAGUGAAGACUGUAAAGUAUUUCAGGGAUGUUGAACCAGCUGCAGCGGGAGCUGGUAAUAGGGUUGCACUCCCACCGCUGCAGACGGUCCCGAGCAAAGUCUCACACCCAGAUAUUGAGGAGUUGACGCCAGAUAGUAUGUGUUCGCGCAUUCCCAGAGAGAUUUGCUGA